CUGGCAGUGGAAGCGGCCUGUCUCGAAGAUUCACCAGAAUCAAGCGCAGCCUUUCGCCAGCUAUUGAUUCCGAGCAUCACGGGACCGUGAUUCUUCCUUGCUCCCUCACUCUCCAUAAAUAGUCUCUCCAUCCGCCUCCUCCUCUCCAGUCUCUGAAGUGGUUGUCUUUCUUUCUUUCCCCUUCACGCGCGCGCCAUGGCUUCAGAGGAGGUCGAGAUGCGGAGUUUGGACGAGGAAGAGAAGCUGCGGCAGCGGAAGAAGGACAAGGAGGGGGAAGCGGAGCAACAGGAGGAGGUGUCGGUGGAGCGGGCGUUCGAGGGGCUGCGUGUGCCGCCGUGGCGCGAGCAGCUCACGUUCCGCGCGCUGGUGGUGAGCUUCUUACUCUCCGUGAUGUUUAGCGUCAUUGUGAUGAAGCUGAACCUGACGACGGGGAUCAUCCCCUCGCUCAACGUCGCCGCCGGCCUCCUCGGGUUCUUCUUCAUCAAGAUGUGGACGAAGGUGCUCGAGCAGACCGGGCUGCUUCGGACUCCCUUCACGCGGCAGGAGAACACGGUCAUCCAGACCUGCGUCGUCGCCGCUUACGGCCUCGCAUUCAGUGGCGGUUUUGGAAGUUAUCUUUUUGGUAUGAGCUCAAAAAUUGCUGGUCAAGCAGCUGAAGGAAGUGAACCUCAGAACAUAAAGGACCCGAGUUUAGGAUGGAUGAUUGGAUUUAUGUUUGUCGUCAGCUUUCUCGGUUUGUUCUCUCUUGUGCCGCUCAGAAAGGUUAGUUCGAUUCCCAAGUUUUUGAACGUCGAACAUGGUUAUGCCCGCCAUGAUGCUUACUCAAACUUGUUUCAGAUAAUGAUCAUUGACUACAAGCUGAUCUAUCCGAGUGGCACUGCUACUGCCUACCUUAUCAAUGGCUUCCAUACAUUGAACGGGGAAAAGCUGGCCAAGAAGCAAGUAUGGAUGCUCGGCAAGUGCUUCAUUGGUAGCUUCUUCUGGGGAUUCUUCCAAUGGUUUUACACUGCAAGUGAUGGUUGUGGUUUUGUAUCAUUCCCUACCCUCGGCCUUAAGGCCUACGAUCACAGGUUCUACUUCGACUUCUCUGCUACUUACGUGGGCGUUGGAAUGAUUUGCCCGUAUCUCGUGAACGUAUCUGUCCUCCUCGGAGGUAUCCUUUCAUGGGGAAUCAUGUGGCCUCUUAUACACAACCAAAAAGGUCAUUGGUAUCCGGCUGAUACACCAGACAGUAGCCUUCAUGGUUUGAAUGGCUACAAGGUCUUCAUAGGCAUUGCCAUGAUUCUCGGCGACGGCCUUUAUAAUUUCGUCAAGGUCCUGCACCGAACCGUCUCUACCUUCGUCUCCGCCUGGCGCAAAGGUCCCAGCACACUUCCCGUCACGGACGAUGAUAGCCCUUCGCCUGCUCUUGCCUCUUAUGAUGACGAAAAGCGAACUGAUGUCUUCCUCAAAGAUCAAAUUCCACAGUGGGUAGCAUACGCCGGCUAUGUGGCUGUUGCCGUGAUCUCUAUCAUUGCUCUUCCUUUCAUCUUCCCCCCACUCAAGUGGUACUUCAUCUUCGUCGCUUAUAUAUUCGCCCCUGUUUUAGCAUUCUGCAACGCCUACGGCUGCGGCCUUACGGACUGGUCCUUGGCUUCCACCUACGGCAAGCUUGCUAUCUUUGUCAUCGGAGCUUGGGCUGGCUCUCACGGCGGUGUUCUCGCCGCCCUAGCAGCUUGCGGUGUUAUGAUGAGCAUCGUCUCGACUGCCUCAGAUCUUAUGCAGGACUUCAAGACUGGUUACCUGACUCUGGCUUCUCCCCGGUCUAUGUUUGUUAGCCAGAUCAUUGGGACGGCGAUGGGAUGCGUGAUCGCUCCGAGUGUUUUCUGGCUUUUCUUCAAGGCUUUCAAAGACAUCGGCACGGAAGGCAGCCAGUACCCUGCGCCUUAUGCCAUCAUCUACCGGAACAUGGCGAUACUCGGCGUCGACGGCUUCGGUUCUCUUCCAAAGCACUGCCUCACGCUCUGCUACGUCUUCUUUGUCCUCGCGAUCGUCAUCAACUUGAUAAGGGAUCUCGUCGGCCCGAGGAUUGCGCGGUUCAUACCGAUCCCAAUGGCAAUGGCUAUUCCUUUCUACAUCGGAUCCUACUUCGCCAUCGACAUGUUCAUCGGAAGCGUCAUACUGUUCGUCUGGGAAAAGAUCGACAAGCGAAAGGCAGAUUCCUUUGCUCCGGCAGUGGCGUCUGGUGUUAUAUGCGGCGACGGGAUAUGGACUCUGCCGCAGGCUGUGCUUGCGCUGGCACAAGUGAAGCCGCCAAUCUGCAUGAAGUUUCUGUCGAGGAAGAUGAACGCUCAGGUCGACGAAUUCAUUUCGACACUGUCUUAAAUCUCGCCAAUAGAUUGCGGAAAAUCCAACAGAGUCGUCCUGAUUGUGGUUGUCAUAUAAUGUCAUAGUGGUGUUCUUUGUUCUUGAUCUUUAACUUCGCUCCUUGUCUCAGCAAUCAAAAACAGUGCUUUAGCUUGGUAAUUCAUAUUUCCGGAGUGUCGUAUCAUGAAAAUAAAAUACAAGUGUUAGAUAAAUAUUAUCUCAGUUC